ACAGGAGGUGCCCGCUACGUGUUCGACUACGCAGUGCGAGACAGCCUCGGCAACGACUACGGCCACCAGGAGACUCGUGACGGCUACGACACCAAGGGCUCCUACUACGUGCAGCUGCCCGACGGCCGCCUGCAGCACGUCAACUAUUACGUCAGCGGCGACUCGGGCUUCGUGGCGGAGGUCACUUAUUCCGGAGAGGCCCAGUACCCCGCCUACAGCCCCGCACCUUCCUACAGCCAUGCUCCAGCCUACAGCCACGCCCCAGCCUACAGCCCCGUCCCGGCCUACACCCCCGCCCCGCAAUACGGGUGAGCAGUAGCCGCUUGGUCCCGUGUCCCAAACAAUCAAAAGUUCCGUGGAUCUCGUGAUGGUGUGUCACCUGUGUGCCGCUGACCGCUGCGACAAGGCCACCCUCACCCCGCCAGCCUGCAGGAGUAGCGAACCUCUGUACAAAUAGAUGCUUUUCUAUUAUUAAACUAUUUCCUCGGCG